UACCCCACCAUCUCGGUGCCAGCCGUAAAUUAAAUCGAGCACACUCGACUCUGACAGCUCCUUUCGUUGAUGACGAAAAAGUCGUCAACUGCAGGGUUUCCUUUAGCUAACAUGCUUCUUCUAUAAAGCCUGACCCCGAAUAAUCAUGGCUUUGAAUCACCUGAACCUGCUGCGUCCUCUUCUCUGUCAGUCCCUGGCUCGGCAUGCCAGGCCCCCCCUCACAGUCACCUCAUGGAUCGGUGUCAGACCACCAACAUGUCUUGGCACCUGUCUGCACCCUGCUCCCGCAUGCAUCAGGCUCUACGCCACCAAGAAGGCUAAAGCCAAGGCAAGGGGCCAGUCAGCUAAGGUGAAUAUUAAUUCAGCCCUGGUGGAAGACAUCAUCAGUUUGGAUGAAGUGAAGGAGGACAUGACUGCAGUUCUCGGUGCACUUAAAGAUGAGUUCACACGCAACCUCAGCAUCCGAACCUCGCUAGGGGCUCUGGAUCACAUUGUGGUGACGACUCAAGAUGGGAAGUUUCCUCUGAACCAGCUGGGUCAGAUCUCCAUGAAGUCACCUCAACUCAUUAUGGUCAACAUGAGCAGCUUCCCUGAAGCUACAGCGGCGGCCACCCGCGCCCUGAGAGAGAGCAGCAUGAACCUAAACCCAGAGGUGGACGGGACGAUCAUCAAGGUGCCCGUUCCCAAAGUGACACGGGAGCACAGAGAGAACCUUGCCAAGUUGGCCAAGCAGUUCAGCAACAAGGCUAAAGACUCUCUAAGAAAAGUGCGCUCCAAUGCUGUCACCCAGGUGAAAAAGGCAAAAGAGGGACACUCUGAGGACACCAUACGACUCGUAGAAAAACAGAUUCAGCAGAUGGCAGACAACAUCGCCGCCGACAUCGACAAACAACUUGCAGCCAAGACCAAGGAGCUUUUGGGAUGAUUGUAAAACAAAAGAGCUAGAAGUCUUCAGUUACAUAUUUCACAGCCAGAGACAUGAACGAGAUGGAGAUGAUGCCUCUGGAUCCUCAACGGAAGCACAUUUUGGGCUGUUGAACGCACAAACUAAACCGUUUUUUUUCUUGACCACACCGUUGAGUACCCAUCAGUGCUGUAAUAUCUUCAUCCAGCUGCAUAAGGGCGUAAACAGAAACUGGCACGAAAAUGGCAACAACAAAAACAGACUGCCUGUCACCUCCCUCCUCUUCCUUGUUACUCUUCCUGUCUUCAAACAAACAUCCAACAGGCGACGAAUGGCCUUUUAAUGGGAUUUGUGGGCCUCCUCCUAAUCAAACUCCUUACCACAGGGGCUGUCUGUUUAUACAAAACAAGCGCGCUCAUCCGAAUGUAAACUGGCUGCGGGUUUGUCUUGGUGGCAAGAGUGAGACUCAGUUUGUUCUUGAUACUUAGGCAGAUACCAAUAGCGUGUUGCCAAACAUUUGUUUCACAUUGAUUCUAAGUCUGUUAUAAAUGCACAUCAGGAGGGAGGGGAAAAAAGACCUUUAAUUUCUGUCAAUGUCUAGGAUUGAUAACAUGGCUACUCUAUUUUAAACACAAUAAAGUCAGGAAAGAAACAUUAUUGAUGGACCCCAUUAAAGAAACACUGCUUUGAAGCAUGUGCGUCAUCUUG